GCCGCGUGAGAGAGGCGAACUAUUCUAGGAAUUAAGAUAUUUCAUCGUUAUUUCAUUCCAUUAUAUCAUAACAUCUCUAUAAUAUUUUUUCUUGACAUUUUCACAUCUAUUUCAAGCCUCGAGGCAAUCCCUUCUUCUCUCUCUCUCCAUUAUAUAUAAAUAUAUAUAUUUGGUCAUAUUGAAUUGCGGUGUAUUCCGCAGAAGCAAAUCCAGCAACUUUUUUCUGCGAUCUCAAAUCGGCUUCGUCUUCUCUGGUCUUUGAAUCAGCCUGAUUUUGAUUUAUCUUGAUUGUUUAAAGGGUUAGGGUUUGUUUUUUGUGAAGAUGGGGCAGCAGACUUUGAUCUACAGCUUCGUUGCUCGAGGUACGGUGGUCCUCGCUGAGUACACGGAGUUCACCGGAAAUUUCGCCAGUAUCGCUUCUGAAUGCCUACAGAAGCUUCCGGCUUCCAACAACAAGUUUAUCUACAAUUGCGAUGGCCACACCUUCAAUUACCUUGUCGAAAAUGGCUUCACCUAUUGUGUAGUUGCAGCUGAAUCUGCUGGUAGACAAAUUCCCAUUGCUUUCUUGGAAAGAAUUAAGGAGGAUUUUAACAAAAGAUAUGGUGGAGGAAAAGCAGCCACUGCUGUUGCUCAUGGCCUCAACAAGGAGUUUGGAUCCAAGUUAAAGGAACACAUGCAAUAUUGUGUGGACCAUCCUGAAGAGAUCAGCAAGCUUUCUAAAGUUAAAGCUCAGGUGUCUGAAGUUAAGGGUGUUAUGAUUGAAAAUAUUGGGAAGGUUCUUGAACGUGGUGGAAAUAUUGAGUUGCUGGUGGUUAAAACUGAGAACCUCCGCAACGAGGCUCAAGAAUUCAGGCAAGAAGGGACUAAGAUGAAAAGAAGGAUGUGGCUCCAGAACAUGAAGAUAAAAUUGAUUGUUUUGGGUAUAAUCAUUGCCUUGAUUCUCAUUAUCAUAUUGUCUGUUUGUCAUGGCUUCCAUUGUUAAAUUGCCUAGAGGUAUCCCUGGGAUACUCUUCUUCUGCUGCUGCGGCAUACUGCAUCUGAAGCCUCCACCACGCUGCUGCUCUCAACAGCAUCGUUUUUCGUCACUUUUCGGGGGUCUUUACUGUUUAGAUUAGCCAUUCCCUACUGAUAGCCUUUAGGAUUUGGGAGCUUUUGUAUUUUGGAUUGGUUGUAUAGUUCAAUGUGCUUUUACCUUUUCUAGGUAGAUGGUCUCUGCAUGUAAUUGAGGAAUAUUUGGAGCAUGUCCUUUUGAAAUUCUUAUGUCUAUUUCAUUUAUUUUAAUCUAUUACCUGUUAUUUUGUAUUUA